CAGAGCCUGGGCUCUCUGGGCAGCUGGAGGGGUCGCGCUGCGCCUGUUGGGGCUGCUCCUCUGACCAAGGGCCGCGACUGCGUCUGCAGCCAUGUCGGGCCGCUCGAUUCCACAUGCCCACCCAGCCACCGCCGAGUACGAGUUCGCCAACCCGAGCCGCCUGGGCGAGCAGCGCUUCGGAGAAGGCCUCCUGCCAGAAGAGCUCCUGACCCCCACCCUCUACCAUGGCUACUAUGUCCGGCCUCGGGCUGCCCAGGCCGGGGAGGGCGGCAGGGCAGGGGCCUCCGAGCUUAGGCUCAGUGAGGGCAAGUUCCAGGCAUUUCUGGAUGUGAGCCACUUUACCCCAGAUGAGGUGACUGUGAGGACUGUGGACAACCUGCUGGAGGUGUCUGCCCGGCACCCCCAGCGCCUGGACCGCCAUGGCUUUGUGUCUCGAGAGUUCUGCCGCACCUACAUCCUGCCUGCUGAUGUGGACCCCUGGCGGGUCCGAGCAGCUCUCUCUCAUGACGGCAUCCUUAACCUGGAGGCGCCUCGAGGGGGCCGACAUUUGGACACAGAAGUGAAUGAGGUCUACAUCUCCCUGCUGCCUGCACCUCCUGACCCAGAGGAAGAGGAGGAGGCGGCCAGAGAGGAGCUCUGAUCAACACAGGGCCAAGGCCGGCAAGUCCCUUUCUCCCUCCAGCGGUGAUGUGGGAGCUGCCCGCCACCCCAGAGGUAGCAGCAUCUUUGGGGAAAGGGAAAGGCCCCUGGCCACAAUGUAUGGUUUGGUCCCUUGGGACAUGUCAUAGCUUUUGGUUUAGUUUUGGGUGGAGCUGAAUAAACCCAAAUCUCAGGGCCUUUUGUGCUGCUCCCUAUUCUGUGGCCUGGAGGACGGGAUGGGAAUGAAGGGAGGAGGUCACAGCCAGCUAGACAAAAACCUCCUCAGUUAGAUAUGCCCAACGUCACAACACCCUGAGCUCACACUUGGAUGCUGAGAUCACACCCGGAAGCUGACACUGGCUCCAGAUCAAAUUCCUAGCCAUAAUUUUCUCACAAUGCAACAAAAGAGAGAGUGAUCCUGGGAGGGAAAAGGGAUAUGCCAUCCAAACAGCCCAGAGGGCACUGUCUGAGCUGGUGAUUAGAGACACAAAAACAAGGGUCUCCAGACUGUCUGGCCCUUUUUGGGUAGGGGCUGGGAAAACGGUUUUUGGCUGGAGAGAGUUGCCUAAAGCCCUGGUAUGAAUGCUUUGUUUUCCCAUACUAAGGGCUGUCCACUGAAAUUGCCUCUAAUUCUGAGGGUCUGAGUAUGUGGACACAGGGACACAGACACAGAAGCCUCUACCAUUAUCUCUGAACACCAUCUUUCCAUUCGCUGCACAGAGAGGUCCAUGAGAGGAAGUCUAUUUCUGAUUUAGAAAAUCCCAAAGAGAGGAAGCACUUCAUCACCCACCUAAUCCAACGCUGAAUGCAGGGACUGAGGACUGUUACUGUGGCAGGGGUGGCCAGGGAAGCUGUUCUUAGAACUGUAGUCUUAAUACUGGGGAUGUGUUCAGGAAAGCCUGGGGUCUGCCCCCUCAAUUAUUCUCUGUGACCAAAAAGAGCACACAGGUAUAUAAUUUGGGACUGUCCAGAAGACCUCUCUGCUCCACAAUAUAUAUUAUG